AUGGUAGCUAUUAUUGAGCAUCAAAUAUUUUCUUCAUCAACAAGAAAUGCAGUAGUCAUUUUGAAGGAUGAAAUUUCUCAUAGUAGGAAGAAGUUGGCAACGAGAAAUGAUACAAGGUACGAGCAUUUUAUUGUCCUUCUUCCGAACCAUCUGCAAACUAAUUACCUGGCGGACAGGAGGAAUCAAAACCAAACUGUGCACAUUGAUAGUCGUAGAAGAGUAAGCGAUCCUAGAGUAUCUGAAAAUCAUAAUCUAGGUACUACUCAAGUUGAUCAACAUAUAAUGCGUUUUGAAUCUGAGUCUUCUACUUCGAAUGAAAAAUCGACAAAAGUUCAUCUUUCUGAACUACAAGAAAGUGUUAAUUUGUUAAAUAUACCAACUACUGUAUAUGUAUUACUGAUAUGCCAUUAUUGUAAACAUUGUGGUGCACGUAAAUUCUAUAGGGAAAGUAAAGCGUCUCAAGUAGCUGCUGUAUGGGUUGAGGAUGAUGAAAAUACAAAUACUCGUGUUCGUGAUAUUAUUAUAUAUGGUCAUUCUAGUGAUUUUCGUAGAGUUUAUUAUUAUUAUGGUUGUUAUGAUUCUUUGCAUUAUCCUUUAAUUUUUCCAUUAGGAGAAUUUGGUUGGCAUGAAGGCAUACAAAGAUGCAAAAACAUAAAUGUUCAGCCUCGUAAUUUGGUCGAUUAUGUUGCGGUUCCUAACACAAUAAAUUAUGAAAUUGAAAUUAUUGAAAAGAGGCUGCAGUGCUUAAUGGAACAAAGAAACGAUCUCAAGUUUCUUGUCGCGAAUAUUGUUCGUACAAGUUACAAAUUAGGCAUUCUAUAUGUCGUAGAUAUGUACGUUAAGAUUGAAACUGUCAGGUUAUAUUAUUUUCGAAAGAAUCAGAAACAAAUUCGCGCGGAACUCUAUCAAGGUAUUGUGGAUAGUGUUCAAAAUGGGAAAACAAGAGGGUGCAAGAUUGGAAAGAAAUUUGUUUUACCACAAUCUUUUACAUAUGGUCCUAGAGAUAUGCUAAGAAGAUACUUAGAUGCGAUGGCUAUUGUUCAACGUUUUGAAAAAUCAGAUAUAUUUUUAAUUAUAACAUGCAAUCCAAAUUGGCCUGAAAUUAAGCAAGAACUAAAAUAUAAUGAUAAAGUUCAAAAUCGAUCAGAUUUAAUUGCACGUAUAUUUAGAGCAAAAUUAGAGGAGUUAAAAAAUGAUUUAUGUAAAGAAAAAAUCUUAGGCCCCAUUGUUGCUCAUAUAUAUAUGGUUGAAUUCCAAAAAAGAGGACUCCCUCAUGUGCAUUUUUUAUUGAUUUUUAAUUGUGCCCAUAAAAUUGUAUGUGCUGAGCAAGUUGACAAAAUAGUAUCUUAUGAAAUUCUUGAUGAAAAUAAGUAUUCUCAUCUUCAUUCUGUUAUUGUAAGACAUAAUAUGCAUGGUCGAUGUGGAAACCUUAAUCCAAAGAAUGUAUGUAUGCUAAAAACUACUGGUUGUAAAAAUAAAUAUCCUAGAGAUUACUGUAACACUAUUAUAUUUGGUGAUAACUUAUAUCCAUUGUAUAAACGUUGUAAUAAUAGUAUUCUUAUUAAAGUUAGAGGCCACAAGUUAGAUAGUCGAUGGGUUGUUCCAUAUAAUCCUUAUUUAAGUGCAAAAUUUGACCGUCACAUUAAUGUUGAAAUAUGUUCGUCUAUUAAAGUUGUAAAAUAUUUCUAUGUGGAGAAUUUUUUUCUUUCAACUUAUCAGAAAUUUAUCCAACUUUUUAUUCUUUACAACUUCACAUUGAAGAUCAUCAACAAAAACGAAUUUGCUCGAACAUUGUUGUAUAAAGAUUUUUCAGCACAUUUUGUCUGGAAUGGAUAUAAGAAAAUUUGGACUCCUAGAAAGCAACAACUUGUUAUAGGACGAAUUGUCACCGCGAAUCCAAGUGAAGGAGAGAGAUAUUUUCUUCGAAUUCUUCUUAAUCACAUUAAAGGGCCAACAUCAUUUGAUGAUUUAAAAACUUUGAAUAGGGUAACUUAUGCUACAUAUUGA